AUGAAGUCAUUACAAGACUGGUUGAACAACGUGCAGACUUUAAUGUGUGUGCAGAUGGAGGCCUUAGAGGAGGUCGUCGAGGAACUAUGCCUGGAGUGCGCUCCUCCAAACAAAAGCCAUCGACUAGAACGCUUGCGGCACUUUCAAGCGGAUUUACGGGGCUUUGUGGGGGAGUGGGAUUGGCUGGCUGACAAUGAGUUGGCGCGCUACUUUCAUAGUCCGCUCUACGCCCAUUUUGAUCGGUUCCGGGACGUGUUACGCGCUCGCGGCCGCUCAAAGCGCUUCAACGACAUGCUGCAGGAACGCCUUGCCGGGUCAUACCAGAGGGCCGCCAAUUUGCGUCUCCCGGAAGACAACCGCGUCCAGCUCAUGUGGUUCCUUCACGCAGCCUGUGAGGCUCGAUACCCACGGGCCGACCCCAGGCUCCGGGUGCAGAUCAGCAACCUCAUAUGGAGGCGUCGCAGAGUCAUUACGCGUCAAUCAAGCCACCUUCCGCCCGCGACGCUCGACUUCACUCGCACCAUUGAGUUUCCUCCGAUCCCCGGGAUGCUAGCUGGUAAGCACUUCAUUCGGUGUCCUUACUGUGAGCACCGAUUUCUCCGCGAUCUUAGUCAAUCGAAGUGGAGACGCCACCUGAUAGACGACCUGCGGCCGUAUAUUUGCAUGUGGGCGCUGUGUCCACACACGUUCGGCUCCAUUGACGCUUGGCUCAACCAUCUCAAGGACGCCGAUGCCCACCCUACGAAGCUUCUGCCUUCAUUCUUGAACGAAUGCCCCUUCUGUGGUAUUCCUUGCGCCGAUUCCCAGUGGUCCUCGGUGGAGAAGCUGCUGAGACAUAUUGCAGAACAUCAUCUGGAGGAACUUUUUCUGUUGGCACUUCCGGGGGGGCCGACGGAUCUGUUCUCGAAUGUCUUUCUGAGAGAAGAGAAGAUUAGCCUGGAGCCUUACGAGGCUCCCGAGGUUCCUGAGGCUCAUGAGGAUUAUCAUAGGCCUUUCGGGAGCCCAGAGGAUGAUGAAGUCGAAGAGAGUGUUGAUACAGAGGCAGACGACGGCCUGACCUCUGAGGGAUUCCGCUCUCCUCGCUCCUUGAUUUAG